AUGGACCCAACCAUCACUGCGCCCACUGCGCAAGCUCACUGCCAUUCCCACUCUCCAACUCCUCCAAGCGCUGGCGCUUAUCCCCAGAAACCCAGUAUCUGCAACUGCUCCACCCCACCAUCUCAGACCUAUCUCAAACCCAUCAUUGGCUGCGCAAACCGCAAAUGCCGACCCCGAUACUACCACCUCCGCUGCGUGGGUCUCUUUCAGCGUCCCGACAAUGAGUUCACCUGGCUCUGUCCUUCAUGUCGACCAGACGAUGAGCCACUUCCGCCGCGCAUCUGCGUCUGUGAGGAUCCACCGUAUCGUACUGGACCUAUGGUCGAGUGUACGCAACAAGAGUUGUGUGCGACGCGCUGGUUUCACUUGCCCUGUACUGGGCUUUUGCCUGGCAAGGAUGUUACGCAGUGGACUUGUGCGGAGUGUGUGGCUGGGAUUGUUAUGAAGCAAGAUUGCCAGGAGGAUUUGGAGCGGCGGAGGGUGAAUGGCGAGGUCGCUGAGGAUGAGGAUGAGGUGAUUGUGCAGCAAGAGCAAGAGAAAGCGACGGAGAAGCCGCGAAAGGAUAGUGGAGUUGUCGGAGAUGAGGGUGAUGAGGACGAGCUGGAGCAGCAAGAGUACGUUUCCGAUGGUGUACCUGGUGUCUUCUUCGGUGCAGAAGAAGAUGAACUGCCACGACCUGUUGCUUCCCCCUUGAAGCGCAAGUCAGAUGAAGUCGACACUCCGCCUCGCAAGAAGACAAAGCGGGCAAGUCCCUCUCCCUCUCCUGCUCCCGCCCCAGGACCGGAGCCGGAGUACUGCGUCUGCGGUACCCCAGCUGAUAACGACAUGAUCGCGUGUGAUGCGCCAAAGUGCCAUGCUGAGUGGUUCCACUAUGUUUGUGUAGGCUUGACGGCGGCGACGAUUCCGCCGGGAAAGUGGUUUUGUGAUGAGUGUACGGAGAUCAUGGAGAAGGCGAGGAAGGAGAAAAAGAAGAAGGGUGGGAAGGAGAAGGAGAAGAGGAAGAGGUGA